GUAGCAUAAUGAGAGAGAGUGACCUGAGGGGAUACUUCGGGGAAGAUGUUGUUCCGGAGAAAGAGAGUGUUAGGCGUCGUGCCAAAGAAAUCGCGCGCUCCUACAGUUUGAUUCUUGCGCUGUUCGGUUUAAUCUUGAUUUUUCUUGCUGUCUGGGCCACCCUUACUAGCCUCGAGGACGAGAAGUUCCGAGGCGAAGUGAUAGUGUCGGAGUUCAAUGUGCUGCAAGUCGUCGAAAAGACCAAGAAUUUUGACUACGUCAUUUUCACUCAACUGUGGCCAGAAACGAGCUGCAUACAUUAUCGCCAUUCAACUCCCGCGAGAGAUUGUCGAGUUCCAUCAACGAUUCAGCAAUGGGCAGUUCAUGGCCUCUGGCCAUCCGUCGACAGUGGGCCCCUUGGUCCCUUUUAUUGCAAUCGUUCGGAUAAGUUUGACAUGAAGCUACUUGAGCCUUUGGAACCGGAGCUGAGCGUUCGUUGGCCAAACCUUUUUGUCGAAACCGAAGAAGGUACUUUGUGGGAACAUGAAUGGACCAAGCAUGGAACAUGUGCCAUGCAGUUAUCGGAAUUAAGUGAUGAAGUGAAAUAUUUCGGAGCUGGAUUGAAGAUGUGGGAUCAAUUCAAUAUUUUCGGAGCAUUGAAACAAGCUGGGAUUGAGCCUUCCCUUAAAAAGGGUUAUCAAGCGCAUGACAUAUUCAAUGCUGUCAAAGGGGCUUUUGGUGUUAGCCCUCGAGUGGAAUGUUUGAUUUUCCACGGGAAGCAAAUGCAGAAAAUCUUCCUAUUGAAUCAGAUUGAAAUUUGCUUCGACAAGUCGUUAAAUGCCAUCGAUUGCGCCCCGAAGUCGCAGUCAUUUUUUGAGGGAUGUUCUCUCGGAAGUCCGGUGUUUUAUCCCCCGCCGUUUCCUUAAUUCAAGCAAGUUUUCUGAAGAGGAUUUUGCUUGAUAAUGCGUGAUUCUUGUUUGUCAAGUUCCGUCGUUGAUGAAUGGUUUGUUCGAUUGGCUUUCCUGUGAAGGUUCAAUGGUUAGUAUUGCGGCUUAAAUUUCGCCUUGAUGCGUAUCUCUAAGUUGGAGUGUUCGGAGUAAUCGGAGAUAAAUAUUCAUAAAUCUGCUAAAUAUCCGGUGGCAGUAGCUACCUUAGGUUGCAUACCUCUUUGGAGUAUGAUUUCAAUUUUUUGUCAUCAGAUCUGUGUGCUCGUAUGAUCCGAAUUUUUAUUUUUGACGCGUUUGGAUUGCUCAAGAAUUUCGCGUUCGUUUGUGAUGAUUGUGUAAAGGCAGGAGGGUUGAGAUGAAUCCAUGGGAGGGGCAGUGAACAGUUUGCGGGUCAUUUCUACGCCUGUGGAAUGGUUUUAGCGCUUAUGACAAUAAAACUUGGAUUUUAUUUUAUGGUUUUCUCCAGAAUUUGCUCGUUUGGAUCAGCUUAAAUAGAUGUCUUUCGCUGUGUCUUGAAUGACGGUGGCUUAAAGCGAAUCAUUUGGGCUGGUUUUUGGAUCUGAUGCGUUUUUAAUGUGAAGAUGUGAUUUAUAAUCGUUCGUUUGGAGUUCGGUACCCUAGUCAGCAAGUGGGAAAAUGUUCCGAAGCCAACACGAGUGCCGUGGUAAAUUUUUUUUUUUACUGUUUCUUCCAAUUCCGUCGUGAAAUGUAUGGAUGUGCAAUUUUUCUUUUUUUGUUGUUUGUUGGUCGAAUUGUAGCAACGAUCAACCUCGAGUGUAUGCUAGAUGUAAAUGUCAACAUAUCGUGACAGAAAAUCCAUGCUGGAGGUAUCGUCGGGAAAAUGAAACAUAUUUUUGUA